AUGGAGGUGAAGGUGUCAGUGGACAGUAUCCCACGUGUGGUCUGUGGGGUUACAGACAAAACAACAUGCCAAGAAGUGGUUCUAGCUUUGGCUCAAGCUCUAGGUCAACCUGGACGCUACACCUUACGGGAGAAAUUCAAAGACUUUGAGCGGUGCAUGGCGCCUGAUGAACACCUUUUGGAGACAUUGGAGAGGUAUGGAGAGCAGGCCAGGGAGGUCCAGCUCACUCUGCUCCACAACGGACCCUCUUUCUCUGAUGAAAUGAGCAGAGCAAAGGUUGGCAGAUACCAGCCCUGCCCGCCAUUAAGAAGAAAAGAUGCAGGUGCUAGAAUACGGCGAGGCAGUGGUUCACUGCAUCGCCGAAGUUUGCCACCGUUGUCGUGUUUAAGACAAGAAGCUGAGCAGAAACAAGAAGACCUGAAAAGGCCUAAAAGAAAGACUCUGGUGCUUAUGGAGGAGGCCUGGGAUUGGCUGGAAAGUUUGGGGAAAGGAAAGGUCUACAGUACUGCCUGUCUUAAGGAGAGCAGUAAGAUGUCAGAUAAAAGGAACCGUUCAUCUUUAGAUGUUUCUCUCAGUGCCGUCAAAGAUAACUCCGGUCAAAGCAGCAGAGGUAAAACUAGAGGACAGAAAAGCUUAAAGUCAGACUUGGACCAUCAGACGUCCUGCUGCAUGGGAAAUCAGACAAGGGAUAAAGAAAACAAACACAGCAAAAAAACUCAAGAGGCAAAAUCUGAUCUCCACAGUUCAAGCUGCACCACGACUGAAGAUGAGAAAAAUAGUCUGAGAGAAACCAUAAUACGUCAGCUUGUGUGUUUGCAGGAUUUACAGGCCCAGAUAACGGACAUAGACAAACAGAUUUUUGAGCUUGAGGAAAAACAAAGGGCCCAACAAGCAGGAGUGGAAGCCCGUGAGAGAAUAGCGGACGAGGAAAAGGAGCAGAUACAGUUCUGGGAAAAUGAAUUAAAGGCAGAGGAAGGUUAUGAAAAAGAUUUGCAAUGUCAAUUCCUUGAGAUGCGAGCGAAGGCUGUGGACUGCAAGGCUAAACUGGAGGAUUACAGGUACAAAAUGCAGAGACUUGAUUUAUUUGUCGAUUCAGCAGUUGUUCCAGAAGAUUCAGAGAUGGUUUCAAAAGUUGCUGCAAAUGCUGCUACUGAGAUGUCAUCUGUUUCGACUGAGGAUGAAUAUCUGCAACCAUCUGAUCCACAUGGGGAUGUAAAUGUUAACAGGAAGGUCCUGCCCAGAGAGGACUUCAACACCCCUCAUGCUCUAGUUCAUCCCAGCCAGAUAAAGGAGCGGCGGCCCACAGGACCCACUGAGCUCAGGGAGUGGUGGAUACGCUGGUCCGAGGCCCAGACCUCUCAGCCCCAGGCUACAAAGAAGGCAAUUCACCGGUCUGAGCUCACCAUAUAUCUGGGCAGCACCAAGGUUUAGA